AGGAAGGGGGGCCGGAGUGUCCCGGGCGCAGGGCGCGCGUGCGGCGGCGGCGGCGGGGAGGGGCCGGCCGCGCCGCGCUCCCCUCCUCCCUCCUCGCAUCCCCGGCCCCGCGCGCGCCCAGCAGAAGCGGGGCUGUUGUGUGCGUGCGUGCGAGUGAGUGAGUGUGUGCAUAUUUUUUUUCCUCUUUUCUUUCUCUCUCACUAUUUUUUUUCUGUCUCUCUCGCGCGCUCUCCUCUCUCUCUCUUUUUUUUUUUUUUUUUUUUUUUUUUUUUUGCGAAGAAACAGCAGCGCCGCCGCCGCUCCGCCGAGGCGCUGCGCCCCCCGGGGGGAGGCGGAGGAGGCGGGCAGCGGCGGAGGGAGGGGAGCGGGGAGGGGGCGCCGCGCUGGGAGGGAGGCAGCGCGCACCGUGCAGCCGGGCCGGGCGGGAGGCAUGGCGGGGCCCCCGGCCCUACCCCCGCCGGAGACGGCGGCGGCCGCCACCACGGCGGCCGCCGCCUCGUCGUCCGCCGCUUCCCCGCACUACCAAGAGUGGAUUCUGGACACCAUCGACUCGCUGCGCUCGCGCAAGGCGCGGCCGGACCUGGAGCGCAUCUGCCGGAUGGUGCGGCGGCGGCACGGCCCGGAGCCCGAGCGCACGCGCGCGGAGCUCGAGAAACUGAUCCAGCAGCGCGCCGUGCUCCGGGUCAGCUACAAGGGGAGCAUCUCGUACCGCAACGCGGCGCGCGUCCAGCCGCCCCGCCGCGGAGCCACCCCGCCCGCCCCGCCGCGCGUCCCCCGCGGGGGCCCCGCCGCGCCGCCGCCCACGCCCGCCCCGCCGCCCGCGCCCGUCGCCGCCCCGACCCGGGCGCCCCGCGCGGCCGCCGCCACAGCGCCCCCUUCUCCCGGCCCCGCGCAGCCGGGUCCCCGGGCGCAGCGGGCCGCGCCCCUAGCCGCGCCGCCACCAGCGCCCGCCGCGCCCCCGGCCGCGGCGCCCCCAGCCGGCCCGCGCCGUGCACCGCCGCCCGCCGUCGCCGCCCGGGAGCCACCACCGCCGGCGCCGCCACAGCAGCAGCAGCCUCCGCCGCCGCAGCCACAGCCGCCGCCGGAGGGGGGCGCGGCGCGGGCGGGCGGCCCGGCGCGGCCCGUGAGCCUGCGGGAAGUCGUGCGCUACCUCGGGGGCAGCGGCGGCGCCAGCGGCCGCCUUACUCGCGGCCGCGUGCAAGGGCUGCUGGAAGAGGAGGCGGCGCGGGGCCGUCUGGAGCGCACCCGCCUGGGAGCGCUCGCACUGCCCCGCGGAGACAGGCCGGGACGGGCGCCGCCGGCCGCUAGCGCACGCGCGGCGCGGAGCAAGAGAGGUGGAGAAGAGCGGGUGUUUGAGAAAGAAGAGGAAGACGAGGAUGAAGAUGAGGAGGAGGAGGAGGACAAUGUAUCAGAGGGCUCAGAAGUGCCUGAGAGUGACCGCCCCGCAGGUGCUCAGCACCACCAGAUUAAUGGAGAGCGGGGCCCUCAGAGUGCUAAGGAGAGGGUCAAGGAGUGGUCGCCCUGUGGACCCUACCAGGGCCAGGAUGAAGGGCGGGGACCAGCACCUGGCAGCUGCACACGCCAGGUGUUCUCGAUGACAGCUAUGAAUAAAGAAGGGGGAUCAGCUUGUGUUGCGACUGCUCCAGAUUCUCCAUCUCCUGUGCCUUUGCCCCCAGGAAAACCAGCCCUGCCUGGGGCUGAUGGGACACCAUUUGGCUGUCCUCCUGGGCGCAAAGAGAAACCAAGUGACCCAGUGGAGUGGACGGUCAUGGAUGUGGUGGAAUACUUCACUGAGGCAGGCUUCCCAGAGCAGGCCACUGCUUUUCAAGAGCAGGAAAUUGAUGGCAAGUCUUUGUUGCUCAUGCAACGGACAGAUGUGCUGACUGGCCUGUCCAUCCGCCUGGGCCCAGCCCUGAAGAUCUACGAGCACCAUAUCAAGGUGCUUCAACAAGGCCACUUUGAGGAUGACGACCCCGAUGGUUUUCUAGGCUGAGCGCCAGCCUUGCCCCUCCCCAGCCAGUCCAGAUCUCACCCAUGUCGGCCCCAGUAGUCCAGGAACUGGACAUGGGGACACCUCAACCUUCCUAACAGACUCCAGUGAGGGGAUAUGCUCCUCUAUUCCCCCUUUUUCUCACAUCCCUACCUUAGUACAUCCCUCUCCACAGAAGUGGAGUGCAGGGUAGGUGGACUUGGUUGGCUCAUUACAGGGGCCACCCCUUCCCCCCAAACCAGGACAUUUUUGAGAAAAAAGGGGAGCUUCCUGUGGCCCCCAAACCCUCUUCAGUUCAGCCAGAUGUAUCUUAUAUACGUGUUUUGUUCUGCCUGUCCUUCCUGGUGGUGGGUUUUCCCUGUCCACCAGUGCCCUCCCCCACACCUUGACCUCCAACCUCUGGAGAACAGGUGAUGUAAGGGACCUUGGGUCCUCUGGCUCCUUCCCUUUCUGUCUGUCCAUUGUUGCUCCACCUGGCUGUAUUGCUUUUUAAUAUUGCACCGAAGGUUUUUUUAAAUAAAACUUAAAA